AAGAAAAGGUAAAAUAACAGCGGCAAAACGAUGAAUACCUGAAUGACGAUUAGAGCGGGAUAGCGGUCAACUCCCGGCUUGCGAUCGGGAUGCUGGGUCUUAUAAUUCAUUCUGGUGUUACUUCUGCACCGCGUUGGGUCGUUGCUGGGAGACAGUUCGGAAUAAUUUUGUUUAAAAGUUUUGAAGUGUACUGUUUAUCGCAAUGUCCAAGGUAUCCUGCAGAUCGUUUUGGAUGUUGGUGGUGUUAGGAAUCAAACUGGUCAGUGGGCUACCGGUACUAACUUAUGAUGAUGAUUAUACCGAUGGUGACGACGACUAUGAUGUGAUAUUUGACCAGCGUCAAAACGGAACCGAGAACGUGCGCAUUUCCGUAGACGGAGUUGUUGUUGCUGUUCCCGCACCCCCGGUCCAUACGGAUAUUAGCACUUUAGCUGGAGCAGCAUUCGUAGAAAUUCUCAAUGCGCAGCUUGCUGCUAUGGAUAGCGAUAGCUCGGAUGAAGAGAGUCCUAGUACUACAACGACGUCCACUACUACGACAACUACGACUACCGCGUCACCAAUUUAUCAUGAUCAGUUGAUUCCUUCGAAUUUUCUUGGCCAAAGUUUGUCGUUUUUAUUCAAUAAAGGCGUUGAAAUUCCAAUCAAAAUAGCAUCCGAGCUGAAACCACUAAGAACGGGCAAGCCAGCAUUUAUGGUGAUCAAAAAAGGUGAAGAAAGUGAUGACGAAGAAUAUGUAGAUCCUGAACCGGUGAAGCCCGUUUCUAAUGUGCCAAAGAAGGCAUCGAAACCUAAGCGAAGAUACAAGCUGAAGACGGCCAAUCUCCUAAAACCUUUAUUGCAAAGAACUUAUUUGGCUUAAAUCGCAGGGACUGAACAUAAUAUGUGAUAGAUUAAGGUAUAAUACUGAGUAAUAAAUUAUUUUGUUAGUUAUAUA